GAGCCUCUUCGGCAGCCGUAGAUUUACGGUAAAGCAAGACGUGUAACUACGUAAGAGCUCUGUAGUGUUUUCCUAGCUGAACACGGGACGUGUUUUGAGCAGCGCUGAGAUGUUUUGAAUCGACAUUUGCUUCAUAUUUUAGUUUGUAAGCGUCACUAAUGCAUCCGAGAAAGAAUGUCUGCGGAUUUACUGUUAGACGUCGAGGCUCCGAUGAGCCUCAUUUAUACAGCGAUGGAGAAGAAGGAGCCGGAGGAGGAGAUGUCUGACCUCUCCAUCGACCAGGACGGAGAGUGGGAUAUCAGUUUGUUUGAUGAACUGGGUGACCUGGGCGAUGCUGAAGAGCUGCUGCGAGCUCUUGAGGCCACUGGCUAUAGCAACAGUGCAGCUGAUCUGAACUUCGAUGUCGAUCUCUCAGUCUGGAAUUCGGAUGGCUGGGCCGACGCCAGCAGCGUAUGCACAGAUGGAGAAGCGUCAACAGACUCUCUCUCUCCAAGCCACACAAUCAGUUCAGUGUCUUCACCUGCGUCAGUGGAGGCCCACUCACCAUAUUCUCUACAGAAUGAAGCUCUAUCUCCACUCUCCCCCGAGUCUCAGCCCUCUCCACUCUCUGUCUGCUCAGACUCCAGUGGCUUUGUUGAACUUCCCCCUGAGAAAAAGCCAUGCAAGAAGACCAGUCAGACUCAAAGAGCUAAGCCUGCCCAGCCAGCAAAGAGGCCCAUUCAUCUGAGCCCCAAAUUUUCCAUCCAGCCCAAACCAGUCAUCACUGCAGUGCCGAUUCCACAGGCUACAGCUCCACUUCAGGCCAAAACCAUCAUCAUCCAGCCCCUUCAGACCACCAUACUGCCAAUGGUCAAACCCCCACCUGUGACCAUUCAGCCAGCGCCUCCUACAGGUCGUCCCAUCUUACUGUCUCAGCCCACCCAGGUGCUGCAGCUCCAGACCCCCCAGGCUGUGUCUGCGCGGACGCUCACUACCCCCACAGUGGCGCAAGAGAGACCCACUAACCUCUCCACCCCUCUCGUGCCUCCACCUGUCGUUACCAUCCCUUUCCAGAAUGCCGCGUCAGACGACGAUUGCAGCUUUUCGCGGCGGCAGCAGCGGAUGAUUAAGAACAGAGAGUCUGCAUCUCUUUCGCGGAAGAAGAAGAAAGAGUACCUGCUGACGCUGGAGGCCCGUCUGAAGGUGGCGCUGUCUGAGAAUGAGAAGCUGAAAAGCGAGAAUGGCGUGCUGAAGAGGCAGCUUGACGGCUUGAUGAGUGAGAACACUGUAUUAAAGGCUACUGCUCCAAAGAGGCGGGCGGUGUGUCUCAUGGUGGUCUUGGUUUUCCUGUUCAUCAACAUCAGCCCACUGAGUCUGUUUGAUGGAGGUACAGGUUCCAGGUUUGAAACAAGCCCUAGUCCAAAUAACAGGCGUCUGCUGGGCUUCUCGUCAGAGAGCGACAGUGGUGCAGGGGGCAGCAUGCCUGACUCUGAGCCCCCUCAUACUACAAACAGACGGGAGCACUUUGACUCAGUGUCAGAGGAGAAAGCUCUGAUGGUGGUCAAAAGGGAGGCUCUCUUCUUCAGACCUCCACCCCCCUGCCAGCCGACAGUCAACAGGACCAAGUGCAUGAAGAUGGCCAGCGAGCUGAAGGGCUGGGUUCACCGCCAUGAGACAGAGCGGACCAAGAGCACCAGCACCAGCACCAGGAAUCCCAGAAGCAGAACCAUCCCGAAAACGGGCAGCAAGAAAGUGGAGGUGGCGCAGAUUGCGACUGUCCAGUAUUCAGACUCUAAUGAAAAACGUCCAGGCAACGAGCUGCAAGUAUACUACGCCCCUCGCCGCGCUUACAGCGACUUCUUUGAUGAGAUCAACCGACGGGGAGACACCUUCUAUGUGGUCUCUUUCCGCAGGGAUCACCUUCUUCUUCCUGCCACCCACCACAACAAAGGAAGCAGGCCCAAGAUGACCGUGGUGCUGCCAGCGAUGAACAUCAAUGAGAGUGUGAUCGAGGACCGAGAGUUUGAGGUGAUGAUGCAAAUUGACUGUGAGGUUAUGGACACAAGGAUCCUGCACAUCAAGUCCUCCAGUAUCCCACCAGUCUUGCGGGUUAAUGAAACCGAGACCGGCUCUUUCUACCGCUCAGCACCUACCAACAACCAAGCAAAACCUCCUGUUGUUCUCAUGGGUUCUGCUUAACUAAAGCAGGAUAUAGUUGCCAAAACUGUGAUCAAUGCAACAGAGUUUUACUUCUGAUUAACCCACUUUUACACUGUUAAACCAUUUUUGUUGGGUAAAUUUGUAUCUCUAUUCUGCUGGAUAGAACAGUUGUCUUAAAUGAAGGAAGUGCUAUUAAAUAAGCCUCGAUUUUUCAGUGGUCAAGACCAGUGUUGUCAGCAAAAGGCUGGAGUAGUUGCAUUUUUUUUAUUCCAACAAAGUAGCAUCAUGCCUGGUCAGUUGUUUGAAGACUGAAAAUAAUCUAUGAAGCAAAUAAAAUCAGAUCGCAUGGGUUAAAAUGAAUCCUAGCAGCCAUACCAGCCUUUUGCGAGUAAGAUUAGACCCCCUGGUGUAGACAAACUACAUUCUUUUUCAGCUUAUAUUUUCAUCACUGGUGAAGGGAGGGAGCCCCCCCAGCCUCUCUGUACGUGGCCAAGUACAGUAGAGAGAAUCUGGGCCCCAAAACCAGUAAUUGGUGAAUAACCACAGGGGACCUAGGACUGAACCUUGAGGUACCCCUUUGUAAGACACAUGCUACAGCUGCACCAUUAAACUCAUCAUACAUCCAGGUUA